AUUCUUUGGAGGUGGGAAAAAUCAACCUUAAUUAGAGAGCAAUACAUCAAGAGAGCACCAUGUCUGUCAUCAAAUCACCUCCACUAUAUAUCAUCCAACGUGCCAAGUUUAGUAUAACCGUUAUCCCGACUAAUCGAGCGAUCGUUGUAAGUGUGCCUGAGUAUGAACCAAGAAGAUCGAACAAUGUGACCUCUUUAUUUCAUUCUCCAUCAAGUCACAAAAACGGUCUCCACAACUUCCCCUCAUUCUCAAUAGUUUCUCCGUAAAUCC